UAUCUAUCUAUCUCUUUACAGUAUAUAUAUAUCAUGUUUGUAGGAUUACUAAAUUAGUUCUAUAACUAAACAUACAUGAUGGAGGAUCCUGUAUCUUACAAAGGAUAUUUCAACUCUGACGCACAGGAAGGUCUGCAUGAAGUCCGUAGGUUUACGGUGGACAAGGAGAAGAGUAACAGCUUGAAGUUCCUCAAGGAAAAGUUGGCCACCGUCUUUCCUCUGAUCAAGGACAAGGAGAUCUUCAUAACCUGGAGAGAUCAUGAUGGAGAUAUGAUCACUAUUAAAAAUGAUGAAGAUCUAAUGAUUGCUAAAACUGAGAUGCAGGGUCAUUUGUAUAAAAUCAAUGUUACGAUUAAGAACGAGAAUAAUAAGAAGGAGGGAAAGGGUAAGAAGGAGAGGAAGGAGAAGAAGGAAAGGAAAGAUGAACAUCCAGGAGUAGUUUGUGAUGGUUGCGGAGGCUCUGUUCCAGGAUUCAGGUUUAAAUGUCUUGUCUGCCAGGACUAUGAUCUCUGUGAACAAUGUGCGGCUAAGGGGCUGCAUAAGGAGCACAAUCUGGUUAGGUUAGCCUCCUCCCAGCCUGGGGUCGCCCUCAAGAACCUCAACAAGAUACUGGAGAGGCUGAAUACGGAUAUGAAGAGCUUGGCUUAUGAUAUGGAAGGAACAACCAGUGUCUAUGGACUACCCUGGGGUAGAGGAUGUAUGACUGGAAGGGGAGGAGGAAGACGGGCAAUGCACAGAGGUUUUCCAUUGCACAAGGGCCCUUACCCUGUUGGGACCAUGAUGGAGGGCUGGACGGUCCCUGAAGCUAGGAACAGUGAAAGUUCCUCUGCCUCUUACGAAUCCAUGUCAACUACUCAUUCUCCUGACACUGCUCACAGUGAUUUUCAUUUUAUCAAGCUACCAGAAGCAGAAGUUCAUACUGCUCCAGCAGUAGCAGCGGGUUCAGCUCCUAACAUGGCAGCAGCAGAGUGUUCAGCUCCUAAAGAUGCUCCAGCAGCUACAGUCGAGUGUUUAGCUCCUAAAGAUGCUCCAGCAGCUACAGUAGAGUUUUCAGCUCCUAAACAUGCUCCAGCAACUACAGUCGAGUUUUCAGCUCCUAAAGAUGCUCCAUCAGUAGCUACAGUCGAGUUUUCAGCUCCUAAAGAUGCUCCAGCAGCUACAGUCGAGUGUUCAGCUCCUAAAGAUGCUCCAGCAACUGCGGUCAAGUGCUCUGAUGCUAAACUUCAGGCUGCUAUUCAAGCUAUGAUGAAAAUGGGUUUCAACAAUGAGGGUGGAUGGCUGAGUAACCUUCUUCAAGCUAAGAAUGGAGAUAUUGGAAAGGUUUUGGACCUACUUCAUCCUGUCAAGAACUAAACUUGACGAGAACUAGUCCUAUCAAGAACUGGUCCUGUCAAGAACUAGUCCUUUCAAGAACUGGUCCUGUCAAGAACAAAACCUGUCAAGAAUUAGUCCUACCAGGAACUAGUCCUACCAAAGAGCUAAACCUAUCACCCACUUCUUCCUUCAAUGGUUUGUCAAACCAGAUCCAAUUUGAGCAGAAUUUAAACUUUGUUCGUAGAAAUGUUGAUAAAUAAACUAAACAUAUUGUUAAAUAAAUUAGUGUUAAUAAAAUA